UGACUCAUCCCGUGCCGCAAUCCUCUGUAAGAUCCUGGGCCGGGUUCCCCACAGAUGAAUGAUGCUCCACACUUGCUCAGGGUGGGCUGCGGGUCUCAGACAGGACCAUCCCCGUUCCUUCACGUCCUCGUUUUGCUGCCUUUCCCCACCCCACAGUCGCUUCUCCACAGAUCCCGGCUCUCCGGGAUGCCUGCGCAGACCAGACCUCCAGACAGCUGGGAGCAUGUGGGAGAUGGAGACGCUGCUCCGCGAAGCCUGAGUCAACUCUCACUGUAGUGCUUUUUCUUCUUUCUUCCUCCUUCUCCUCCCUCCCUUCUUUCUGUCUUCUCAAAACUCUGGGGUCUGCCUCCCAUCCCGCAAAUCCCCAGGGCUGCAUACUUCCGGCAGCCCAACUGCCCCCCAUCCCCUGCCCCAGAAACAGGGGUUCCCUAGAGCCCUAGAAGAGCUUUGGGGUCUGAGAAAGAUACAGUCCCCCGGACAUCCUUGGGAGGCCUGGCUUCCACAAUCGCUAGGGCCGGGACAAGGACCCCGGGCCCAGAGGGGCUGGAUUGGUCGGUGAGCCCGAGGCGAAGAGGCCCCGCCCUCUGGUUGCCAGGGCUCAGCCAAUCCGCGUCCAGGCUGGUCUUGGUUUCCAGGUGGCUGCGGGGGCAGGGUGUCGGAGCAGGUGCACGAGAAUAUGUAGAGGGAGGUGGGGGUCUCUAAGGAAUCGCCCCUCCAAGCCCCUCUGCUUGGGUCUCUGUGCUCGUCAGGAGCAGCCUCGGAAACCGGCCUCUCCCCUACUCUACCCCCAACCGCGGCAAGGCCGCCCCUCCCUCCGGCGCGCCUCUCCCCGGCCCCUCCGCGCGCUCCCGCGUCUGGCUCGAGCGCGCGCCCUGGGCCCGCCGCUCCGGGCCGCCGCGGCGCUCGGGCCAGGCCCCACCCAGGACCCAGCGUGGAGCGGGGAAAGCCGAAGCCAGAGGUGCGGGAUGGACAAGAGGGACAAGGCAAAGGCAGGGGGCGCCGCGCGGGCGCCGGCUUCUCGCUCUCCCGGCCUCCCCAUCCCUAGGCCCCCAGGGUCUCCUCGACCUCCUCCUCCAGUAACUGCCGCAGCCCUUCGAGUUCUGGGAGCAGCGGGAGCUACAGGACGAAGACCCCUGGCCGAACGAGGUGGGGGUGUCGGCGGAGCUGAGGCUGCUGCCCGAGCGGGACCAUCGCGGAGCGCUGGCACAGGUCCCCGGAGCCCAGCCUCCAGGCCCCCAGCGGCUGGGAGAGGGGAGCGGCCCCCUGCCAAGACCCCGGGCCAGGUCUCUGUCUCUAGCCCAGCGCGUGCCAGCAGGGCAGGCCCUGUUGGCCAGAAGGGACCACAGCCCCCAGGUGAGGAACCUCUUGCCAGAGGAAAGGCCGCAGAGGCGCCCAGGAAGAGUACACUGAGCUCUGGAACACGGAGAGACGCUUCAGGGCCCACCUCAGGGGCCCCCUCCCCGGCCGCCACUCGUCGGACCAGGGCCACAGGGGCAGAGGUGGGACUCCCCCGACCAGCCUCGAGUGCCCAGCCGCGGCCGCAGACCGAGGUGCCCCGGAGAUCCGUGAGCAAUGCCGCAGAGCGCAGCAGUGCCACAGACUCGAGUCCGGCAGCCCGGAGGCGGCCCAGUGCGGGUGGGGCGCUCCAGAAGCCCGCCUCGCGUUCCCUGGGCUCCAGCGCUACCCCGCUGUCCUCGCCAGCCCGCUCUGGGGCCAUGCUUCGUGGAACACCCCGGGCUCCCGCGCCGACGUCGCAGCCCAAGUCCAAAGCGCUGCAGGCUCUGCGCCCCGCACAGACCGCACCUCCCCGGAAGGAGGCAGCCUCCGCUCAGGGCCGGCUUUCUUCUUCUUUGGCCACGCCCUCUCCACCUGGUACCGCCACACGGCAGGCACCGUCUACCCUGCUCUCCGGCGCCCCGGUGCUGGCCACACUCCCUCCCUCUCCUCCGACCACGCCCCCUCCGCCUGCCUCCCUUCAUCUUCAGGCCCCGCCCACCCCGCAGGCCCCGCCCCUUCCAAGAGUCCAGUCCCCUCCGCUAGCCUUGCAGAACCUCCCCUCCCCGCCGGCCACGCCCCCCUUGCAAGCUGUACCCACACAACCAGGCAGGUCCUUUCCCGAACAGGCAUCCUUCCCUCCGCUGUCCAAGGCUGCACCCUCUCCAUCACUUUCACCCCCGCUGCAGGAUGCCCUCACCCAACCUUCUCCAGUUUUGCCACCUCUUCAGAUCCCCCUGACCACACCUCCUUCCUCCACGCUACCUUCAGCCCCGUACUCUGUACAGGCCCCUCUUUCUCCACCAGUAUCUCCGCAGAAUCUGCCGUCUCCUCUGUCCACGCCCACUCGACCGGCUCUGUCCACUCUGACCACUCCCCUCCCCGUCAGUCCUUCCCUGUCUCCGCCCCCUCUUCGGACCACGCCCUCUAAAAUGCCCACGCCUCCACUGCAAGACGCGCCUCCGGCCACAUCCCCUGUGCGGGGUCCUCUGGCUUCUCCCUCUCCUCCGGCCUCUGCGCCCCCGCAGGCCCCUCCCGUGUCCCUGGCCACGCCCCCUCGCUGUGCCCUACCCUCUCUGACCUCACCACCCAUACAGGGCGCGCCGCCUCUGCAGGCCACGCCUCCUUUGGCCUUGUCCCCUCGGCAGGCCACGCCUUCUUUCCUGCCCACGCCCCCUACGCAAAGCCAGCCUUCUCUGACCUCGCCUCUGCGGGCCUCUCCUCUCCCUACCACGUACCCUUUGCCCCUUCUCUCUCCCCCUGCCUCGCCUCCUCUGCAGCCUCUUCUCUCUCCUCCGGCCUUGCUGCCUCUGCAAGCCUCUCUAUCUCCCUCUGCCUCGCCUCCCCGGUCGCCUUUAGCCUCUCGAGCUCCACUGGCCCCGCCUUCUCUAGACUCGCACCUGCCCUCUCCCCUGGCCACGCCUCCUUCACAGGUCUCGCCCCGGGCCUUGCCUUCCUUGCAGGCCCUGCCCUCUCCCAUGCCCACGCCCCCGAAGCAGGCCCCGCCUUCUCUGGCAUGUUCCUUUCAUCAGGGCCCUCCCUCUCCCAUGCUCACGCCCCCUCCUCAGGGCCUACUUCCGUCGCAGGCCCCGCCCUCUCCCCGGGCCACGCCUCCCCCACAGACCCCGCCCUCCUUGGCCUCGCCCCUCCCUCCCCUUACCUUGAUCACCCCCCCUACACAGGUCCCAUCUCUGGUCUUGCCCCCUCUGCAGGGCCCUUCCUCUCCUUUGGCCACACCCCCUCCGCGGGCCCCACCCCUUCUGUCCUUGCCUCCUCUGCAGGUCCCACCUCCCCCGGCCUCGCCCCUCCUGCAGGCCCCGCCCUCUCCCCCUGCCUCCCCGGUUCGGCAGACGCCCCGCCGCCCUCCGACACCUGGUCCAGAUGCCUCCAUCUCUGGCCCGCGGCUGACCCUAGCACUGGCCCCAGCUCCGCCGCCACCACCCUCGCGCAGCCCGUCCAGCACGCUGAGUGGUCCGGACCUGGCUGGGCACAGCAGCAGCGCGACGAGCACGCCCGAGGAGCUGCGCGGCUACGACAGCGGGCCGGAGGGCGGCGCCGCAGCCUCCCCGCCGGCCGACGCGGAGCUCGCUGCCUGCCACCCGGCUGCCUGGAGCCGAGGCCCUGCUCCGCCGCUGGCCAUCCGCGGCGCUCCAGGAGCUCCCCUGCCUUGGCCUCCGGCCGCAGGCCCCAGCUCUGCCGACGGCCUGUGCACCAUCUACGAGGCUGAAGGGCCGGAGCCGGCGACCCCCACCCCGGGCGCGCUAGAUCCGGGACCCGGGUCCAGCGCCGGCAGUGGGAAGACCGUGCCGGGUUCAGGGCCGGGCGCGCCCUCGCGGAGCCCGAAGCCCACGCCUCUGGGCGAGCUGCCGCUGGGGGCGCUGCAGGCGAGCGUCGUGCAGCACCUGCUGAGCCGGACGCUGCUGCUGGCGGCGGCCGAGGGCGCCGGGGGAGGCAGCGGCGGUGGGGCAGGCGGUGCGGGGGCUGUUGGAGUCUCGGGGGGCGCCCGAGCUCCGCUCAGCGAUGCCGAACUGGGCCGCUGGGCCGAACUGCUGUCUCCUCUGGACGAAUCCCGUGCUAGCAUCACCUCAGUUACUAGCUUCUCCCCGGACGACGUGGCCUCCCCCCAGGGUGACUGGACCGUUGUGGAAGUGGAGACUUUCCACUGAGCUCCUGCCCGGCUUUGGGAUCCACUCUCUUAGACUCCGCCCUCGUCCCGUGCAGCCUGACUCUCGUCCCAUUGGUUUUAGCUCUUAGAGCUCUUCCAGUGUUUGGGCCCAGGCCCCAAUCCCCCUCUGGCUGGGGUUUGGGACCCACCCACGCCCUCUGGCUCGGCCCCUUUGGCCUAGGACACGCCCCUGCCCUUCUAGCCUGGCCCCUUGUCCAGUGCAGUGUCUACUCCAUGCCGCCCGCGUUUGCAAUAAACCCGGCACACCGGA